GGAAAGUCCAUCACUGGCCAACCCACCGCCUGUCCCCUCAUGCGUGGAGUCCCCGGUUGUCGUGAUGAGGUUGCAUCGUGAUUGCAUGUCGAUCGGACGGAGCUGAAAGCACAGAAGUCAUGAUGGAGACCGUAGAGCAGCUGGUGUCUUUCCAGCACAUCCAUGUGCAACUGAACGGAGGCGCUCCGUGGGGAUUCACCCUGAAAGGAGGGCUCGAGCACGGCGAGCCACUCAUCAUUACUAAAAUAGAAGAGGGAGGAAAGGCAGCUCAAUGUAAGAAGUUGAGAGUGGGGGAUGAACUGGUGAACAUUAAUGGCUCUGCACUCUACGGCUCCCGUCAAGAAGCUCUCAUCCUCAUCAAAGGUUCAUACAGGAUUCUCAAAAUCGUUGUCCGAAGACGCAGUGUGCCAGUGAUCCGUCCCCACUCUUGGCACCUGGCAAAGCUGUCAGAGGCACCCUGCACUACGGGCACUGGUGAUCCCUCAGAUGGCCCCUCGGCUAUGCAGCUCCACUUCACACCUCUCAGUGUACCAUGGCACUCUGGAGGUGACAACAGUGAGCUGUCCAUGCAGUGGGGCCAUAUCUCCAGGCACUACAGCACAGAUCGCAGCAGCUCAAUAGGAAGUAUGGAGAGUCUGGAGAAUCCUCCCAACCAGGGUUACUAUGACAGUCAGCUCUCUCCCAUUGAUCCUGUCAUCUUCAACAACAAACGUGACUCUGCUUACAGCUCAUUCUCAGCCAGCUCAAAUACAUCUGAUUACACUGUUCCUGUCAAGCCUGAGGAGAUCAACUCCAUGGACAACAUCCUCCAGGGUCUAGGUUCUUCCUGCAGGUAUCCAGACGGAGGCCAACAUUCUGCCCCCAGUGGACAUGGAAACCAGCAGGAAGAACAUCAACGCUCCAAGAUGCUGUCUGACAGAACUGCAGCUAAAGUCCGACCGUCGUCCUAUAGCUGCGAGGAGGAACACUGUGCACCGCCGCAGCCACCCAUGAGGAAGGAUAGCUUUAGGGCUGCUAGAGGCCAACCAACAGAUAAACGCUGUGUGUCUGCUCCUGUAGGCAUCCCAAGUGUAACCAGCUGCAUAGUUGAAGAUCAACCCCAAGUCCAGGAAGUUUUGACUGGCAAUGUUUAUUUGAAUGGAACACAAGACAAUGAGCAUGAAUGUAAAGGGUGCACCACUGGAACGUAUUAUACCUUAAACUCUCAGAGAGAUACCAAAGCAAGUGACUUUGAGAACUCUUCAAAAUCUUUGGUGGCACCUUCACCUCCUCUGAGUCCCUUUUCACAAAGGAAUAUGGAUGAGAACAUUGAAAGCCAACUCCAGCCAGAACAUAAUCUCCAGUCAGCAAUGCACAGACACAGUGCACCUGAGAAACUUCUUGCUUCUCAGCUGUGUAUGAUGGAUAUUUCUGGAGACAAAAGUGAUCAUUGUGCAUCUCCAACUUGCCUGUGGUCACAGUCUCCUCUUUAUCUGAACGAUACUAGUCCAAAUAAGUCUCAGGGAAAGUGGGAAGCAAGCCGAUGUUCAACGCCUGGUUCGGUGGCAACUUCGGAACUUGAGGAUCCAAGGGUAGAGGAGGAACCUCUUGAUUCUGAACUGAAUCUGUGGGGGAAGCCUGGAAAUCCCACGGGGAAUGGAUUCUCCACCACUAACUCUCAGACCAUUGAGAAGAACAUUGGUUCUGUAGGUGUGGACUCUCACUUAAAUGAGAAUGGAGGAAAAGUAAUGGAGGACAAUGGCAAUGCUACAAAGCAGUCGCAGAAACGGCAUUUACGUAGCUCCAAAUCGCGUCGCAGAAGUGACCGUUUUGCCACCAACCUUAGAAAUGAGAUCCAGAGGAAGAAGGCUCAGCUGCAGAAGAGUAGAAACCCUUGUGGUGAAGAGACCGUGGAAGAAGAGGUUGCAGAUCUCAACACAGAGGCAGUAGCUCCUCCAGAGUACCAUCAACCCAGACCCCAAACCCUCCCAAGACCUCUUACCAAACCGCCCACUUCCUCUGUGCAAAUAGUCAAACAUAUACCUCAACAAGUUCUUGAUGCCACACAAGGUGAGGAACAUUCCAGCACCAGGGUUGUGGACUUCCAGUCAUCUCAGAUCCCUCAACAGGCCAGACAAGUUUAUGUGCAUGUGGUGGAGGAGAUAGCACCUGCAGGUAAACCACGGCGAUGGCGUUGGACACCAGAACGCAAGCUUCAACCAGAAACUGAGCCCUCUGAGAGUAAGAGAAAUGAGGCUACUGGACAGAUGUGGUCUGCUAAAAUGAUAUCAACUAGAGGGAGGACAAAUUCCUCUAGUGGCCGUUUAGGUCGAUCAGAUGAGUGUGACAUCCCUCCCUUUGCAGACCGCAGGAGGUUUUUUGAGGAGACUAGCAGGAAGUUGAGUCAGUCUGUAACAAACUUAUCAAGCUUGACAAGUCGAAAUCAGAGGCUAGACAAGCCAUGUAGGCCGAACCGUCCAUCCUCACCUGAACCUAUUGAGAUGGCCUCUAACCUGGGCCGGAGAAGGUUUUCGUAUCAAGAUGUGCCAUAUGUCAACUCACUGGACACUGGGAGACAGUUUAUGAGUUCCCAACAAGACCAAGAACAAAUUAUGGAGAGACAGAUGCGGAGAGAGCAGGAGAAACAAAGAGAGCAGGAUAAAGCUAAGGAGCAAGAGAAGCUUAGAGAACAAGAAAGGGAGAAGGAAAGAUUAAGGAAAGAGAGGGAAAAAGAGACACAAAUGGUGAAGGACUGGGAGGAGAGGCAGAGGCUGCUACCGAGAGAACAAGAAUGGGAGUCCGGGAGAGAAACUGUUCGCUCUGAAAACAAUAUAAGCAGUGACACAGUUCCUCAGUCUUUAUCUCAUGACGCCUUUCGGAAGCAGCCGCCCACACCUCAGGUUCCUUCCUCCCCGAAGUCCACUGAGCAUUUCUAUAGCAACACUACCACUAACAUCCAAAAGCCUUGCUCAGCGUUCCACCCAGUGACCACCCAGCACAAUCAGUAUGAUGCCUACCACGUAAAUUCACCCUACAGGGGGGCCAGGAGCUACACCCCAACUGAGGCCCAUCCUGUGCGGGGACAGGAACAAACAAAAAAACUAAACAGAAACUACAGCCUGACAGAGAGGGACUACUCAAAGUGUAAAAUAGGCUCCAAGACAGAAGAAUGUGCUGUUGUUCUGAACUUCAUGGGUCAAGGUGGCAACAGCAUUACAAGUGGCGGCAUCGAGGCGCAUCUUUUUUCACCCCUUAAAAACCGCGCUAUGUCAGAGAACGAUAUUCGCAUGGAGACACCAAAUUGUCAUAAUCAGAUUUCAAACACCAAUGUCAGCAGAAUGCGUGCGUCCACUCUUAGCGACCUGGAUGAGAAUGGAGUAUGUGUCGAUGAGGUAAAAAAGAAAAAAGGGCCCCCGCCUCCUCGUCCACCACCCCCAAAAUGGGAGCAGUUCCACAAGAGGCGGGCAUCCCACCACAACCUCUUCUCCUCUCCGCCACUCUGUUCCUCUCCCUCUUCCUCUCCACCUCGGCCACAGACGUGCACGUCCCGGCCCCCCAGUGUGCCUGAAACGACACGCCAGCGUUCCUAUAGUCUUCCUCCGAGGGAGGUUUCAGAGAGCCGUCACUGCUGCAGUCAAGAGUACUCGGUGGCUCCACCCAGCCCUGCUUUUACACGUCGGGCUUUUAAACCUGUAGCCUUGCCCCCAAAAGAGAGGGACUUAACCCUUCAGAACUAUGACAUGAGAGAACUUCAUCAGCCUUUGCCACACCCUGAACCAUGCACAAGGAUACCUGUCCACACUGCUGCAGCAUCAGAUGAGCCUAGAGUCACACUGGUGAAGCCCAUCUUUCCUGAGCGUCGAGUUGAGUGGGACCGGUCCAGUCCUCACUACCCUCCACAGGGCACUACCAUGUCUCUUGAAAUCCCAGAGAACAGCUUGUCAGCUGGACCUGUGUAUCCAGAAUCCUACUUCUCCAUGAACAACUACCACUUGCAGCCCCAUCAAGCAGGCUUCCCCGGAACAGUCCACAAAAAACAGAUUGUUUCCUCCCGCAGUCCCAGCAUCGUAGAAGAUGGAAACCUGCCACUGGAGACAGACAUCGAUGAGAUCUGUGAGAAUGAGCGAGCAGGGGAAGUUCAGAGGAGGAAAGGAGAGGUCAGGGUGGAGAUGCAGGGUUUUGCUCGGCCUGUUAUGGUGCUGGAGACGGACAUCGACAACAUGCCUGAGGAAGGGGCUCCAUCGGCAAGAAGCAUUAGAGGACCGAGGAGCUCCCUGGUGGACUCCAUUCUGGACGAUAAUUAUGGUAUAUCUAGGAAGGAGCUGAUUGGAGAGUUAUUUCCACACAGUGUAAAUGCAGAGAUAGGUGGAGAGAGCUGGCGAGGGGGUUACCCAAUCAGUGGAGGAACACUAGAGAGACCCUCUAGACUGGGAACAACCACAGCACAAGUGUCACGAUCAACCAGUUACGACGCAUCAGUUGACAACGCACAACUUCUUGCCAAGAUUCGAGAGAUCUCAGAGAGGAGAGAGGAGGAGGAAGAACUCAAUUAUAAGAAGCAGCUGAUGGAGAGCCUUCGUAAAAAGCUGGGUGUCCUGCGUGAGGCACAGAGAGGCCUGCAAGAGGAUAUUCGGGCCAACACUCAGCUGGGAGACGAGAUGGAGGGCCUGGUGCUCGCUAUCUGCAAGCCCAAUGAGGUUGACAAGUUUCGCAUGUUCAUCGGCGACCUAGAUAAAGUGACCAGCCUGCUGCUGUCACUUUCUGGGAGGCUGAUCCGUGUGGAAAGUGCCUUGGACUGUGUCGACCCAGAGACUGGCCACCACGAGAGGCUACAACUUCUGGAAAAGAAGAAGCAGCUGCUGGGGCAGAUGGGAGAGGCUCAGGAGCUCAAGGAACAUGUGGACCGGCGUGAGCAGGCUGUCGGCAGGGUGCUGGGAUGUUGCCUGACCCCAGAACAGAUGCGCGACUACAGUCACUUUGUGAAGAUGAAAGCGGCCCUACUGGUAGAGCAGAGGCAACUGGAUGACAAGAUCAGGCUCGGCGAGGAGCAGCUCAGGGGACUUCGAGAGAGCCUCGGCCUGGGGCUGGGGGUCGGUCUGGGUUACGGGCAUUACUGAGAAGUGCUUUAAAUAAUAGACAUUAUUUUAAGAUUACUAUGUGUGUGUGUAUAACAGGAAUCGAAUAGGACCGACAAGGGACCUUGUUCUGCAGUAUGUUUCACACAAUUACCAUCGAAUGAUGUUCAGUUCAAUUUGAAAACACUACAUCACUACUUGAAGUUGUCUGUUAGGACUUCAGCUGCACUAAUAACCGUUCAGUAAAGUUUGCGCUUACUCAGUUAACCUCAGACACCGCCAAAGAACGCAUGUGUGCGUAUACUUCUCAUUGAAUACAGCUGGGGGAGUGUCCAUGCACUGCUAUUUAUUUAUUUAUGUGUGUAUAUAAUAAUCAUACACACUAUAUAUGUAGAUCCCUGUCAGUAAGUUAGAGAAUCCUUGAUUCUAAGGUCACAGUGCUUUAAGAAUAAUUUACAGCCUUAUUCUGCAUGUAUCUGACUUCUACUCUUUGGCAUAAACAUUGUUUCGUUUAAAAUGGUUUGUUUUCAAGUAUUUUGUAUGUACCUUGAAAACGUGUACAUGGUUGAUGCUAAAGUGCGUCUUUAAGUCACAGAAGUUUCAUUCUGUCAUAACUGGAACUUUUCUUAAAUUAAACAUUGUGGCCUAUUAUUGCAGUGUUUUCAAGAAGUGACCUUUUUGUACUUAAAAAAAUUCAGAUUCAGUAUGCCUUAUAGUACUUGCCACACUUUUCUCAGAUAGUUAUUAUUACCAAAGAUAAAGUUUAUGUCUUUGUGAACAUUAGAAUAUAAAUGUGCUGUGCCUGGUUUGAGGAAUGACAUGCAUAAAUGUUUUGAGAAGACCAGCCUUGCCUUACCAAAGCCCUUAUAUAUAGACAUGUUUCCUUUGAAUAUAAGAGUGUUUAGUUGAGAUGCACUGUGUUUAACCGUAUGUAUCAUCUCACACGCUGACAUGGCAACUUUUGAGGUGAUUGCUACAAGAUUUCCUUAACUUUGAGAAACUGGAUAUUUCUCUAGAAGUAAGGAGAAUGCUGCUUCAUUGACAAUUUACAGCCUUGAAAGUCUUUCAAUUUUUUUUUUUUUUUUUUUUUUUUGCAAAACAAAGGAGCAUGUAAUGAAGAUUAUAAGGAGAGAUUUGGAAGUUGCUGUAUAGGAAUAAAGAAUUAAUGAUUUGGUUAAAUGCAGAAAUGCAGAUCAAGAAGGAAAUGGUGCCUUUGUGCUUAUGUUUGCUGUUUUAAUUUUUCCUUCACUUUGUAUAAACGUUAUAGUUUAUUUACUAUAAACUCUUGUUCGUUUGCUGCAUCAUACAUUGUAAACAGCCAAGUGCUGGAGAUGAAAGGAAAUAAUUGGUCUAUUGAUAAUUUUUUUUUUUUUUUUUUUUUGAAAAGAUUCCUUGUUAAACAUGUACAAUUAAAAAAUAAUAUCUU